AUGUAUUUAUGCAUCAUGUACAGCAUUUUGACUGGCCUCUGUGUACGACACACAGUUAAAACUGCUUUGCCUUGCAGUUACGCCUCCGCACCGACAGGGGUCAGCGCCGCCGGGUGCCGCCGCUCUCCAUCUCCUGCGUCCUCUGGUGGCGAGCAAGAAGGAGGGGGCUGUUCCUGCUCCAGUGAACCAACCGGAACCAACACAUCGGCCAUCGAGGAGGAUAAGUUGAAGACAUCAGAGCUAAAGGCGGCUGGUCCGAAAGAAGACAAUCCCUUAUUACAAAUAUAUCGCCGGGUUCGUGCUGCUUCAUGCUCCGUCACAGCGGAGACGUCUGAUUCCGUCGGCGUGUGUCGCCGGGUUUCGGCCACAGAGAGGAAGAUGACAUCUUUUUCAUGGAGGGUUUGCUCUGCAUUUGUGGUGCUUCUCAUCCCUUCCAUUGUGGCGGCCGAGGAGUCGUCACUACUGGAAGGCUGGCAUGAUGUUUGGCCCCUUCGAUUCCUUGUCAACAUUCUGGGAUACUCCACCAUCAUCAUCCCGGGCUACUUCCUCAUUAGCUACUUCAAGCGUACCAAUUACUUAGAAACAGGUAGUGGGAUUUGUUUCCCCGUCAUAAAGACCUGUGUGUUUGGCAGUGAGGCCAAAACAGGUCUGUUGGAUGACGUGCCAAUUGCACUCAGGAACGAGGGGGAUUCCGGCUCGUCAGUCAGACAGGUCGUCAAAUUAGUCUUUUGUGCUGCCGGACUGCAGGUAUCGUACUUGACAUGGGGAGUCCUGCAAGAGAGGGUGAUGACACGUUCCUACGGAGCCACGACUCCAGAAGAGGAGGGCGAGAAAUUCAAGGACUCUCAGUUCUUGGUCUUCAUGAACCGUAUCCUGGCUCUGACUGUGUCGGGCCUGUGGUGCAUCCUUUUCAAGCAGCCUCGCCACGGAGCCCCCAUGUACAAGUACUCCUUCGCCUCGCUCUCCAACAUCAUGAGCAGCUGGUGCCAGUAUGAGGCCCUCAAGUACAUAAGCUUCCCCACUCAAGUCCUAGCCAAGGCCUCCAAGGUCAUUCCCGUCAUGCUCAUGGGUAAGAUCGUGUCCCACAAGAGCUACGAAUACUGGGAGUACUUUACUGCCGUGCUGAUCUCAGUGGGGGUCAGCAUGUUCCUACUGUCCAGCACUCCCAGCAAGCACCCGUCCACCGUCACCACCUUCAGCGGGGUCGUUAUCCUCAUCGGCUACAUCGUCUUCGACAGCUUCACUUCUAACUGGCAGGACAACCUGUUCAAGUACAAAAUGUCGUCCGUGCAGAUGAUGUUCGGGGUGAAUCUGUUCUCCUGCCUCUUCACUGUCGGCUCGCUGCUCGAGCAGGGUGCGUUUUUUGACUCGCUGGCUUUCAUGAUGCGCCACUCCGAGUUUGCCUUUCACGCCGUGCUGCUGUCUGUGUGCUCGGCAUGCGGCCAGCUCUUCAUCUUCUACACCAUCAGCCAGUUUGGUGCUGCAGUCUUCACCAUCAUUAUGACCCUGCGACAGGCUAUCGCCAUCCUCCUCUCUUGUUUCCUCUACGGUCACGCCGUUACCAUAGUAGGUGGAUUUGGUGUUGGGGUAGUAUUCUUGGCACUUUUCUUACGGGUGUAUGCACGUAGCCGCAUGAAGUCCGGUCGGCGGCCAGCACAACCACUCGGACAGAAGGUUUAGCACUCUGGAGUCGCGCCAAGCUGGGAACUGAGACCACGUUUUCUGUGGUGCUUUUUGUCUAUUUGUGUGUAUCUAUCGGGUUGGUUUGUUUCUUUUUUUAUUCUUCUUUUCCAUUGUUUUUUAUUUUUCUUAGCAAUGGUACAGAACGGGAUUUUGAAGUUUUGACACUUACACCAAGAUGCCCCCAAGGGGUCCAUGUGAUAUGUCAAGUCAGCAGUCACAGGAGUUUUGAGUGCCUGUAAGAUUGUCUUAGACACGAGUCCCAGACCAUAAACUUUGCAAACUGCCUCUUCACCAAUUUCACACUUAAACAGUAGAAUAUUCUUUCCUAAACCACCGUACGUGGCUUGUGCAGCCAAAUGGAAGGCUAGGCCUUUCUUUUCAAACAUUAGUGAAUGAAAGGACUAGUGUGUGGGAUUUAGGUGGAUCUACUGGCAGAAAUGAAGCACUAUAUUCAAUAUAAUAUUUUUUAUUAGUGUAUUAUCACCUGAAACUAAGAAUCGUUGUUUUAUGUUUGCUGAGAAUGAGCCAUUUAUAUCAAUAUAGGGAGCGGGUCCGCCGGUGAAAUACCACUACUCUUACCGCCCGCCAUGUUUCUACAGGAGCCCAGAACAGACAAACCCAAACACUCCAGAGAGGGCCUUUCGUGUUUUUACAUCAGAAGUGGCAGCUUGAAUUUUACCUUUACUAGAAUCUACUAAAUCCUACACACGGGUCCUUUUUUAACUUGAUCCCAAAUAUUUGAACAAGACUUUCAUCUUCGGUAACAACAAAACUUUCUAUUUGUUGAGUGAUCUUUCAGUUACAAUAGCCAGAUGCUUAUCUCAGUCCUCCAUGUUGGAGAGCAGGGAGGGGUCUUUAUGUGGGAUCUUUAUCUUGUAAAGCUGUAAACAUGGCCUGAAAAUAUGGUGCGCACAGUAAUGUUUAAUUUAAGGUAUUAUAACAUGUUCCAGAGGCGACCAUCUGUACUCAAGGGUGGUGAACAAGAGUUUGCUUAAUAAAUAGCGCACUUGUUAUAAAUUGUAUAGUUUUACUCCAACAUCAGUGAACCAAAUGCUGCCGUGGGUACUUUUUGCACGCCGUUAUUUUAAGGAAAAAAUGACGCCGUCAACACAGAUUCUACUUAAUAUUUUAACUUUGGGCUAAAAAAAAGUCUUGUAAAUAUAUCUCUUAAUCAUUGUUUAUUUCCAACUUGUCUGUCGUGUACUUUUGUAAAAGGACUCCUUCAUGGGUUUUCACCGUCACAUGCGAAUGUCUGGAAGAACACUGAAUGGAUAAUGAUGAAGAUGAUGAUCAUUGCCGUCAUAAGGAUGUGAAGAUCAGGUUGGCCCAGGGGGGAGUUUGACGAACAGAAUGCAUACAAGGGAAGCGCAAUCUUACUGGUACCUUGUUUUUAUCAUUCUAUUUCCUCUGGUAACUGGAUUAAUAAUAAAACAUAUUAAAUUAACUUAA